AAGAGAGGGAGAGAGAGAGAGAAAGAGAGAGAAAAAGGGAAAUGAACACAGCAACACUUUGGUUGAGAGGAAGAAGUAUAACUGUAGGAAGUGAUUGGAGAUUUUGCGAAGCCAGAAUCAGAAUAAAGGGAAGAAGGUGCUUCUCUUCGUCGCCAAUGACACUAGUCCUCUCUUCAAUGCCUUACGAGAAGGAACUCGCCGCUGCAAAGAAAGCAGCCACUCUCGCUGCUCGUCUCUGCCAGAAAGUACAGAAGGCUCUUCUGCAAUCCGAUGUCCACUCCAAAUCAGACAAAAGUCCUGUCACAGUGGCUGAUUAUGGUUCACAAGCCUUGGUCAGCUUAAUACUAGAGAGAGAACUUCCUGCUGAACCAUUUUCAUUAGUAGCCGAGGAGGAUUCAGGGGAUCUUCGUAAAGAAAGUGGCCAGGAUACGCUGAAGCGCAUUACUGAACUUGUCAAUGAUACUCUUGCUAGUGAAGGAUCAAAUGGGUUUUCUACUUUAACAACAAAUGAUUUGCUUACAGCCAUUGACAAUGGUAAGUCUGAAGGUGGUUCUGUUGGAAGACACUGGGUUUUGGAUCCAAUAGAUGGCACUAAAGGGUUUGUAAGAGGAGAUCAAUAUGCUAUCGCUUUAGCUUUGCUAGAUGAAGGCAAAGUUGUAUUGGGUGUCUUGGCAUGUCCAAAUCUUCCACUGGCAUCCAUUGGCUCUAAUCAGCAGCAUUCUUCAAAUGAAGUUGGUUGUCUCUUCUUUGCUAAAGUUGGUGACGGAACAUACAUGCAAGCUCUGGGUGGUUCUACACAAACUAGGGUGCAUGUCUGUGAUAUUGAUAAUCCAGAAGAAGCAUCAUUUUUUGAAUCUUUUGAAGCAGCGCACACGUCGCAUGGCUUAUCUAGUUCCAUUGCAGAAAAACUUGGUGUCAAAGCGCCACCAGUCAGAAUUGAUAGCCAAGCAAAAUAUGGAGCUUUGUCAAGAGGAGACGGGGCUAUAUAUUUGCGUUUCCCUCACAAAGGAUACCGUGAAAAAAUAUGGGAUCAUGCUGCUGGCAGCAUUGUUGUGACCGAAGCUGGAGGUAUCUGCAUGGAUGCUGCGGGAAACCCUUUGGACUUUUCAAAAGGAAAGUUUCUUGAUGUUGUUUCUGGUAUUAUUGUCACAAACCAGAAAUUGAUGCCAUCGCUUCUGAGAGCAGUUAAAGAAGCACUCAAUGCGGAAGCAUCAUCCUUGUGAUUUCCACUAAGCUUGCCAACUUUGUUGUCGGCUCAAAUGUGGUAUAUUUCCUUCGUGAUCCGAUGAAGUUAAAUACAUGAUUGGACUUCUUAUAAUUUAUUUUGGAGCCUUUUUCUCCUUCCAUGUAUUCUCUUUAGUCCGGAGUUGAUGUUAUUUGAAUAUAUAUUGAUCCAAGAAUAACCUAAAAUUCAGUGAAUAUCAGGAUAAUAAAGAAAGGAUGGCAGGCAGUAACCUCAUGUCAAAUCUGAGGUUGCUACGGAUCAAAUAUGAACUUUGAAACAUGCAAUUAUCAACACUUGAGUAUAGCUUGAAAGCUUAUUUUAUUUA